AUGGCUGCCAUGUUCCUGAGGUGUGGCUCCCACCCCCUAUCGGCCGCGGAAAUCCCACCCACCCUCAGUCCAAGCCCAGCCUCCAGGAAGCCUCCCUCAACUGCACACUGCCCCAAGUGUCUCCUGUGGCGGCCCCCAAGCCCCCCCAGAGACUCGCAGCCAGUCACGGAGAUGCACAGUAUGACCCAGCAACGGUGGGAUCCCCAGGCCCAGGACGCAUCUGGGCUCCAGCCCAUGUGGUUUUCAGAGGCAGAACCAGAAGGAGGAAUCGGCUCAAGCUUUCCACCAGGAGCCACUGGCCAGUUCUGUUCUUCGUCCUUGCCCAACCGAGAAGUCUGGUCAUUCCUCAAAGCCAUUCCUUCAAUUCCAGAUGAGGCCGUGGUCAAGCAGAAGUCCCCACGUAGUUCCUGGAGGGUUGGCACUCUCCGCCAUGGGAAGCGAGUCAACGCCAUUGCCAUCAGCAGUGUUCCACGCCACGUGUACACGUGUGGCACUGGCUACAUCAGGGUGUGGGAUGAAAAUGCUUUGCACGCUUCAGACAGAGCCCCCCAGGCCCAGAUGGACUUUCAGGACCCUCGGAAUCGUGUCCUCACGUGCAAGCUGUUCCCUGAUGAGCAGAGCCUGAUCACGGGGGGAAUGGCCAGGGCACUAACUCUCUGGGACCUGGCACCCACCCCCCAAAUCAGGGCCCAGAUGGCCUCCACGGGCCCCAUGUGCUACUCCUUGGCCCUUUCCUCUGAUGCCCACAUCUGCUUGGCUUCUUUCAAAGGGUUCGUGGAGAUUUGGGAUGUGCAGAACCAAAUCUUGAUUAGGAAGCAUGACGUGCCCCCCUAUGCAUCGCGCUGUGUGGACAUCACGGGCUUUAAGUUCUGGACAGGUGGUGAAGACACCAUCCUCUAUUCCUGGGACCUCAGGAGCUACCAGAAGUUGCAGCAACACAACUUAUGCCACGAGAUCCUCAGCAUUACCCAUGACCCCAGUGAGGAAUGGGUGCUGGCAGGCUUGAAGAUGAGCGAUGUCGUCAUCCUCCAUGCUCACCGGGAGGAGAAGUAUAAAGCUGUGGUCCAAAGAUACACUCAACACCACAACCUCAAGUUCGCAUCUUGUGGGACCUAUUUUGUGGCCACAUUGGAUGACAUGAUCCACUGCUUAGCGGCGCCCUCUCUGAGAAGGUUGUUCCAGGCAGAGGAGUGUUAUGACAUUCUGUGUUGUGAUGUGUCCUCUGAUAAUCAGUAUCUGGUCACGGGCUCCAAGGAAAAUGCCACAGUAUACCAGCUCUUGUAUUGA